GUGAGAGCAGUUCGCGGCCCGGCCUGGAGAGUAGGGGAGUUCCGUUUGGCCCACCUGGAUCGAGGUCUCCAACAUGCCAGCCAAACGUUUGAACAAGAGAAAUCCUCCAGCAGAAAAUGCCACCAUAGAAAGCAAAAAAGUAAAAGUCUACCACAGGUCUCACCGAACAGAAGCAGGCUUAGUGCUGACCCUGGGCCAGGGGGAUGUGGGCCAGCUGGGGCUCGGCGAGGACGUGAUAGAGAGGAAGAGGCCGGCCCUGGUCACCAUGCCUGAAGGCAUCGUGCAGGCUGAGGCUGGAGGGAUGCACACCGUGUGUCUGGGCAAGAGCGGUCAAGUCUACACCUUUGGCUGCAACGACGAGGGUGCCCUUGGAAGGGACACGAGCGUAGAAGGCUCAGAAACCAUCCCAGGGCUGGUGGCUCUGUCAGAGAAGGUGGUGCAGGUCUCAGCUGGAGACAGCCACACCGCAGCACUCACUGAGGAUGGGCGAGUUUUCCUCUGGGGCUCCUUCCGGGACAAUAAUGGUGUCAUUGGCCUCCUGGAGCCCAUGAAGAAAAGCAUGGUCCCUGUACAGGUCCAACUCAACGCACCUGUGAUCAAGGUAGCAUCAGGCAACGACCACCUGGUGAUGCUGACAGUGGAUGGCAACCUGUACACGUCAGGCUGUGGGGAGCAGGGCCAGCUGGGCCGGGUGCCUGAGUUCUUCGCCAACCGUGGGGGCCGGAAGGGACUUGAGCGACUGCUGGUCCCCCAGUGUGUGCUGCUGAAGUCCAAGGGCCAUCGGGGCUCCGUCCUCUUCCAGGACGCCUUCUGCGGGGCCUAUUUCACCUUCGCCGUCAGCCGAGAGGGCCACGUCUACGGUUUUGGCCUCUCCAACUACCACCAGCUUGGUACUGGAAGCACAGAGCCUUGCUUUGCUCCCCAGAAUCUGACAUCCUUCAAGAACUCCACCAAGUCCUGGGUGGGCUUCUCUGGAGGGCAGCAUCACACAGUUUGCUUGGACUCAGAAGGUAAAGUGUACAGCCUGGGCAGGGCUGAGUAUGGGCGCCUGGGUCUUGGGGCAGGAGCUGAGGAGAAGAGCAGUCCAACCCUCAUUCCAAAACUGCCUGUCAUCUCGUCAGUUGCCUGCGGUGCCUCAGUUGGCUAUGCCGUAGCCAAGGACGGCCGAGCGUUUGCCUGGGGCAUGGGCACCAACUUCCAGCUGGGCACAGGAGAGGAUGAUGAUGUCUGGAGCCCAGUGGUGAUGGCGGGCAAACAGCUGGAGAACCGGGUCGUUCUGUCAGUGUCCAGUGGGGGGCAGCACACAGUGUUACUGGUCAGAAACCAGGAGCAGAGUUGAUGAAAUCCUUAAUGAAACUGUCUGCUCUCCCUCUCCCCUUCUCCAUGGGAAAGAUACGACUCCUUCAGCUGUCAGCAGAAAACCUCCAUCUACAAACCUUUACCGGCCCCUCCAGCAGCAGAAGUGGAAUCUUGGCUCUCUUAGGGAAUCGUCUUGGGAACAUCAAGAUGAAGGGAUUGCAUUAAAAUACGCAAGGAACGAAUGGAUGGACAUUUCACACCUCAGAGCUGCUGCUCUCUUGUCUGUCUGGUCUUCAUCCCCCUUCAGGCCCCUUCACCCUGGCCUCCCUCUGACUUUGGGUUAAUGCUCACUAGAAGAAUGUGGUUGGAGCCCCCACAGGUCCUGCCUCCCCCCACCCCUACCUCGUCGCCAAGAAGCCAGAGCUUUCUCCCUUGGGAUGUCCAGUUACCAUGAUUUAAAGUCAUCAGAACAUUCAUUGAACAACUGGCUUUGUUCCCCCACUCCUUGGUCCCCAUAUCCACAACUGUUAUCUCGCUGGCCCCUUCCCCAUUCAUCUGAGACUGUCAGUUAAGGACAAGGCUCACCCACUUGUCAAAAUGGGAACUGGGCCAAGGUUGAUCCCCAGAACCUCAACCAGGCGUCUCAGCCCAGGUCCCCCAGGAAAGGGCCUGACCAGGGCAAGGAAGACACUAGACGGGUGGGUGGCAGGGCUCAGGAUUUGGACCCAGCCAUUGUCCUUUGGCUCAUAGCUUCCUCCAGGACAGUGAGUGUCCAGGCCAUGGAGACAAGGCAAGAGCAUACCCAGAUGGCCGAGAAAAGGAAUUGAGCGGCAUUUUCCACACCGCAGCAUGGACUGCCUAAGCAGCCCUCAUUCAUCAUUCCCCACAGACCAAUCUGAUGCCCUGCCUCCCAUUGACUUCUUGCAGCCAGAUUCCAGACACCAUGAAUGGCAAUCGUGUUUUUCUGGGAAAGAAAACUACCUUUUUAUAAAUUAAUUUAUAACAAUAUGAAAAUGGAAGGGGUGUGUAGGUAAGGGAGGUUGGGGGGCUGGUCCUUGAGGGAGGGGAACAUCAUUUUGUACAGUAGCUCAGAAAAUAGUUUUGAUUUUUUUUUAAAGAGUGUUUAAAGUAUUUUGGUCAGGGAGAGUAAGAUCUUUUAACACUGAAUAAAUUUUGAGGUUUUUUUGUUUUUUUUUUUUUUAAGGAAUGAGUCUGUUCUCAUCUUUGCUCCAUAUAGGGGUAAAGUUGGCAGUGUGGGCAGGGGAAAGGAACAAUUUUGUAUCUGUGUGGAUCUUAGCAUCUAAGAUGACUGAUUGUCUGGAUCUCUUGGCCUCAGUUGAGCUUUACAGACAGUGCUGGGAUUGGCAGUCUUUAAAAAUGAAUUUAAAUUCUACAUGAAGUCCAAUCUAUCUAGAGGCAUGCUUGCCUGGUGCUGCAGGGUCCAUCCCCCUUCAUUGCUCAGGUGGUACCUUAGGUUCCUGGCUAGUAGCAUGGAAGCUCCAUUUUAGAUCAGAAGAUCUGGCUUAAGAGUUCUGGCUCGAACACUCAGCUUUCUCUUUUUAAACAAUUAUUUUCACUUUUCUGGGCCUCAAUUUUCAUGAGAGCGUAUCAUUUAGAACUGAAAGACAUCAUCUAAUUCUAAUCCCCUCAUUUUAUAGGGGUGGGAAGUCUAUUGCCUUACGCAGGGUCACAGCUAGUCAUUGGUAGAACUGGGAUUCGAACCCAGGCUCCAUUGAAGCCAAGUCCUGCUUUCCCUACUCUCAACAUGGGGAUAAUCACGUUUAUCCCAUCUACCUUAGCAGGGCUGUUAAGAGGAUAGUUUAGAGGCCAUAAAAUACUGUAUCUCCCUGAGCUGUGGUUAUCAUAAAGACAUAUGUUGCAAUUUUCAUUCUUAAGUAUCUGGCUAAGCAGAAGUAAGGUACGUGCCACAAGACAUGGGAGAAAUCGUAGCAUUUACGGCUAGAAGGGACCUUCGAUUUAAUUCUACCCCCCUCAUUUUCCAUAGGAGGAAACUGUUUGGGCAGACUCUGGGUCCAAAGCCCAGGGCAGGGGCCAUUCCAUCUGAGCAACGCUGCUUUUGUGUAGAGAGCUCAAUCCAUGUUGGCAGCCAGAGGAGAUUAGGGCCUUUCCCCAGGAGAGAUGCUAACUUCACCAAGAGAACUAAAGUCCAGUUAGUGGAUCUCAAAAGUAUUGUGUAGUCCAUCUCUAAUCCGCUGAAGUCAUCCUCUCCCAAAACCUACUGAUGAUGCCUAGACUCCUCUUAAAGUUUUGGAGAUACCCAAAAUAGUUCAUCAGAAAGAUACUGGGGGCUCCCGUGUUGAACAGUCCUAUUUAGUUCUUGAGGAGCAGCCUGGCAAAUCGGAAGAAAACGAUAAAUUCUAGUUAUAUCCGUGCUGGGAUGGGUGGGACCAGUAGUCUCAGGGCCUGCCUUAUGAAGAUUCCAGGAUGAGGAGGGCAGGGAAAUUUCCGGCUUGUGAAAGAUACAUCCUCACGAUUGGGUGGCCAAUCACUUCCUUGCUUUCUGCUCUCUUUUGCGUCUGGCCUAAUAGGCCAGAGAUUAUCAGACUUAAAAUUUCUGGUCUUUGCUGCAGGCAUGACGAGGGUGUCCUUGGACUCUGCAGCUGGUAAAGUGGCUGCUAGGGAUGAAUUCAGGGAAGCUCCAAGCCUGCCAGUGGGACAGGAUAAGUGGAGAGCUGUAGAUUUGGAGUCAGAAGUGUGUUUGAGUCCUGGCUUACUCUUUCAGUAACUUGUUGACCUUGGGCAAGUUGCUUAGUAGGUUUCUAAGGGUCGAUGACCAUACAUCUAUUACUUAUACUUCCUUUUUCUUCAUCUGUGAAACGUAUAUAUCUUUCUGACCCCUCUUGAAGGGCUAGGAAAUCUCAACGUCUGUGAAAGUGUUCUUUGCUUACAAUAAUUUUCGAUUGUAAAGUGGCUAACAAUCCACGCAAAUACAACCAAACAAAGAGUGAGGAAUGAAAUCGCCAAUGAAACCAUGGAAUCCAAAUUAUUUUUUCAAAAAAUACAUAAAUGUGACAGAAUGGUAACGAACCU